AAAAUUUUGGUUAACCACAGCGAACAUGACAACGAAGGGCCGAGAAGAGGCCGUCGUCUUCUACGCCCCAAUACCACCCCACCCCGUCGACGACCAAACCUACGUCCUCCUCCCUCUCCGCACCUACCGUACCAACCGGCACGAUCUCCGCCGCUGCCUCGGCGUCGCCACCUUCCUCCUCCUCUUCGUCGCUGCCGCCUACCUCCUCUACCCCUCCGAUCCGGACCUCACCCUCGUCCGUCUCCAUCUCAACAACAUCCAAGUCCACGCCUCUCCGCAACCCUCCCUCGACGUCUCUCUCUUUCUAACCCUCAGAGUCUUCAACCGUGACUUCUUCUCUCUCAAUUACUCUUCGCUCGUCGUCUCGAUCGGUUACAGAGGGAGAGAGUUAGGGUUUGUGACCUCAAACGGAGGGCAUUUGAGGGCAAGAGGAUCUUCCUACGUCAAUGCCACGCUUGAACUCAACGGUUUCCAAGUGAUUCACGAUGUCUUCUAUUUGCUUGAAGAUUUGGCCAGAGGUUCGAUUCCCUUCGAUACCCAUUCCAAAGUGAAAGGGACUGUCGGACUCUUUUUCAUCCAAGUUCCUAUUCAGGCAAGGAUAUCAUGCGAAGUUAUUGCAAAUACAACCGACCAGACAAUUAUCCGUCAAGAUUGUUACCCACAGUGAUUGUGGUGAAUAUCAUUGGAACUGGAGUUAUAGAGCAUUUGAUACCUUCGCUCAAGGAAAGGAGAUGAUUUUAGUAAGGAGGUGAAUUUAGUUUUUCUUUGCUAAUUUUACUUCAUUGUGGUGCACACCACUGGAGCCAGAAAUUGUCUUGCAUCGUGUUGAAAGAAGGGGCAUAGGUUUGAGGAGCAGAAACAAAUACUUCAUAAAUAUUGUUUAAUGUGUGGAGUCUGAAUUGUUGGUACAUAUAUUAUUAAGUUGCAAUAUAGUGUGUGAUGAAGAAGAUCUAUAUUGUUAUGAAA